AUGGCACCCACAGUAUACUGGACGCCGCCGAUGCGAACGGUGCCAAGCUCGAUGGAUGACUUGGAGCAUGCCGUGGCGCCUAGCGCAAAGCCUGUACCAACACCGGAAUCCGUACCUGAUGUAACUCCAUCAUUAUGUCUGUCACUCAUCGAGUUCAAAGAUAUGCUACGUCAGUUCCGUGCAAUAGAUGAUGGAGUAACGUUGCGUUUGAACCGCGCAUUUGCUCAAUCUCGUGACUUAGGAUCUUCUUCGCCACCAUCUCUAUUGCAACGACAUGACAAGUCCUUCUCCUCUUCUUCAGCUGCUGACUUGGGUCGUUCUACUUAUGCCGUUGUCUCCGAAACGAUGUGUGAGUCGAUUUGGUCAGAACUCGCCCUACUAUGGAAACGACGUGAGGAUACCAUACGAUAUUGCAUUGAUAUAAAUGCUCAGACACAGCAGCAGCGAAAUGCGGCACCUUUGUCCCAGGAUGACCGUCUCGAUUUGGACCGAGCAAAGGCAUCUCCUAUCGAAACAUCUGGGGUGUCUCUGAGUCGUGGGGAAUCGACGGCUGAUUUCACGACACGCCAACUACGAAAUGAACUGAGCAUUGAAGCUAUUGUGCGAAGAAGAUCAUUGGAUGCAUUUAAAUCGCGAUGCCGAUUAUUCAAGCCAUCAUUUAAAUCAUCAUUAACUGACUCGGAGCGCGAGCUUGCGUUUUGGGAAGGACGCUAG